AUGUCUUCCCGAACGGGGCCUGAGGAGGGCCUACGUGAGGCACGAGCGCCUCGCUUGUCGCCUGGCGUUGCGGCGAGUUCUCGGUGCUCACUCGGUGGUCGCAGCAUCCCCACGCUUAUUCAUUCUGUGCGAGGGGAGAGACACGGCUCCCGCCGGGAGGGGAAUGCAAAACAGUGCCGGCAAGACGGACACGAAAAGCGGCGGGGCCCACCUUCCUGGAGUCUGCUGGUGUCUCGUCUUCUUCUCUUUCUGCGCGGGCAACUUGUGGAUCCACUGUUUGUCCAUCAUCGCGCAUGUCAAACAGUCGCUCUUGAGUAUUGCCUGCUGGUCGUUCCCUACGCUGCCCAGCCUGCAGCUGGCUCACACAGACGGCGCCAGAGGCCAGUCGGCGUGUCGGCUCCUUCAGGCGCAAGCGAGUCCGGGAGCACGGGAGACAGUGGCGGCAAGCUGCGAGAAGUGUGUGGAGCCCGGGCACAGGGGGUCGAUGCAAGGCAGACGGAGACCGCGGUUCUUCCGCGCGACUCUAUAAAUCAACAAACCUCUCCGCAUCAACACCCAGGAGGCCGCCGUGGAGCAACCCCCACGACGUUACGGCUCCUUUUUCACAACACUGGCACACGCACCUGGGUUGUAUACGUGGGGAUAGCAGUUCUUUCAUUGCCGGGCGUCUUAUUCGGAUCUUGGCCGAAUGGGGGUUUGCUGCCGUCUUUUCGCGGGUCUUUCAGCAGCAGCGAGGCACCCGGGGACGAAGCGGCGGCGAGCAGUCUGACCCUUGUCGCCGCGGUGCUUGUUUUGUAUACGACUGUCGGCGCUGUGCUGGUCGGCCUCUGUCUCGCUGCAAGCGCCGCAGCGAUUUCCGCCCCUUUUGCUCUCGGGGCAUGGGGAAGACAGCUGGUUCUCAGGCGGUGGAGGAAAGUCGCGUCCCUACUCGUGCUGCAGCAAAAAUAUAUGAGAGAAGUCAUCAGGUGA